AUAAUAAUUUAAGAAUUAUUUUAAACUUGCUCUAAUAAUUAAUAAUUGUAUUCGAAACAAAGUAUUCUAUGAUAAUUUUUCAAAUAUCUUCUAGAGAUUUUUAUUAAAAAUAAUCUAUCAUGAAUAAAAUAAUUAUUUUAAUUAUUCUAGCAACAAUAUCAAAUAUGUUUUCUACAUUUGAAAUUAGUACGAGUCCACUGACGCAUAAUAUUUUUGGAAGUUUAUAUGAUACACAUGAAAUAUGGUAUACAAAAUAUGGUGUCAAAUACAAAGAUUUAAUGAUUCAACACGUAGGAACAACAGAACAAAUAGCAGGUUAUGUUAGAAAUGAACAUAUUCUUCGUGUCAAUUUCUAUAGAUCUUUGCAUGAUGUACCCGCAUUGAAAAUGCACCAAGAGUUAAAUUACUUAGCCCAAAUUUUAGCGAACCAUAUUGUUCUAACUCAUUAUUUUGAACAUGGUCCAACUGUUAGGAAAUAUGGAGAAAAUAUAUGUUUAAGAAAAAAUUGGCGUGGAGCAGGUGAUAGAGCAGCUGACCGAUAUUAUGACGAAUUAUUUAAAUUAGACGAAAAUGGGAAGGUUUAUAAUUUUAACGGAACUGAAGAACAGAUGUCUGACGAAGAUCAAGUUAAUUUGCGUGGUCAUGCUAUUAACAUGAUUUGGAAAAAUGUUAAAGAGAUUGGAGUUGGUGUAGCAUAUGGAGAUUGGUUUUAUGAUGAUGACAAUGGUUUUUGGGAAAAAAGGUAUGUAGUUACUACAAUAACUAAUCCUAGACCACUUAUACUUACUAUGUACAAAGAAAACCUAUUACCCAGAAUAAAGCCAUUUGAAAGACUUGAACACAUAGCAUUACCUUCAGAAGAAGAACCUGACAACGUUUUGGAUUAAAUAAUAAAUAUUAAAAGCUUGAUAUAUGUGAUUAAAAAAAAGCAAUUUAAUAUUUAUAUACUACGUGUUACUGUUAAAUCAUCUUACAUUGUCCUUAAAUAUUAAUGAAAUUAAUAAAUUA